UAUUUUAGCAACGAGCAAGAUGGCCGACCCCGACGACGGACCGUCAUCGGACGAGACGAUAUCCCAGCUGCUGAAACAAAGAGGAAUUAAGAAAAACAAGGAUGUUGAUCAACUAUACCUUGCAGACAAGAGCCUCACACAUGUUACUGACCUGUCACGCUUUGCAUACCUUCGGAUACUAUGGCUGAACGGAAACAAAUUACGGAGACUCAGCUGCCUUCAACAGAACUAUAUGAUCGAGGAGCUUCAUUUACAGAACAACGAACUAAUCGAGAUCAGCGGCGCCUUACGACACCUCACCUGUCUCAAAGUCCUCAUGCUGCAGAACAAUCAGCUCACGAAGCUUGAACGAGUUGUCCGGGAGUUCACGAGGAUGCAGUCUCUCCACACACUGAAUUUGUUCAACAAUCCCAUCGCUCAGGAACAGGACUAUCGCCUUUUUGUCAUCCAGUCAGUGCCCUCUGUUACCCUUCUCGACAGACAAGAGGUUGGUAAAUCUGAACGGGAGCUGUCCAAUAGAAUAUAUGACCAGGAUAAAGAGAAAAUCCGAGACACAGUUGCCUUUGGGAGGCGGUCAGAAGGACCACCAUCUAUAUAUUAUCCCGCGGAAAAUAAUCAGCGGAGCAGGAGUUCUACAGACUCUAAGCUGAUUGGGAACAGUUUCAUGAGAGAUAAUCCUCCCUUUGAGACAGAAGAAGAAGCUAUCACUGCUCGGCGCAUGAAGAAAUCCCUGAUCGUCUAUACCACGUUUGACUGGGCCAAAGUUCCACGUAUAGAAGAACGACGACAGUCCAACAAACCAUUUGAUUCCCCGGAGCUGAUAACUCAUGUGUUCAGAUGAUAAGUUGGAUAUGUGAAUAUUAUAUCAAUUGUGGUCUUAAUUAAAUUAUAUUUGUUAAAAUCUUUCAUCAGGUCCAUCUGAGAAGGGAAAUAUUAAAUUCAUUCCUCCGUCCACUGCUGAAUGGACAGUAUCAAAUAAAUUAAUAUAUAUUGCUUAUUUUUGAAUUCUAAAUUCUUAAAUUUAAUACAAAUUCUACAAACAUAUCAACAGUAUUAGCGGUAUAUGAUUUUCGGAUUGGUCCCAUAUUACAAUAGUUGUGAUAAUCAUUUGGUUUGUAUUUAUUUUAUUUUUUUUCUACACUGUUAUUUUUUUGGUUCCAAGAAUGUUUUAUGUUUGAAUUAUUUCACAGUAAAUAAUUUUUACAAAUCUGAACUUUCACCUAUUUACAAAAUCAUGAUUCAAACAAUUUUUUCAGUCGGUAAGAUUUAAGUCAAGAAGAAAUACAGACAUUUUUAUUCUAAUAUUGAGCAGUAGAUAGUUAUGACAUAUUAAAUUAUGUACAUGUUAGCAUAUUUAUUUAUUUAUUUUUUGAGAGAAAAAAAGGAAUUAAUAAGAAAAGUUGCGCUUUUGUGCAAUCAAAGAGAACAUUUUGAACCAAAGACUAGUUAAAUAUCUAUAACUGAUUAUGAAUUUUAUCUGUGAUAUCUUAAGAUUAAAACUGAUAUACAUUGAAUGUAUAGUACUCAUGUUAUUGAAAGUGAAAAUGUCCUUAUUACAUACACCCCAUCUUACAUUUUGAUUAAAUUUUAUGAUUUUUAAAUGCAGUUGUUUUUAACAUGGAAGAAAUGACAUGUUAGUGCUCGAUUCCGUUGACGACAGUGCCAACCUCACAUCUCUGAUAUAACUGAUGCUGUUUAUGGUAUAGAGGUGUACAAAUGUUUUAUAAAUUUCUGGCUCUCAAAGACUAGUACUAGCUCAGAAAACAUUUUACGACCAAAAAACCUUGAAUGGUUAAAAUAUUUUGUGAAGCCAAAUGUAAACUCUGCUUGGUAGCCUGUGUCAGGCUGGUGUGGAUUUGUAUGGAAUGGAAGAAAUAUUUGCACUAGAUUUUGAAAAAAUAUAUGGAAUACACUACUGCUGAUUAAUUUAAAGUCUGUGAUAAAAAGUUUUAAAACUCACAAAUACCGACUGUUUCCUACCGACUCGGUUAGGAAGCAUUCAGUUGAGCGUUAUUCUAGAAAGUCAGAGGUUCUAAGUUUGACCACCAGCAAAGGCGACGAGAUAAUAUUAUCUAUAAUGAUUUUUAUUACAGUAAUCUAAUUAUAUAAAUAUUUUAUAUGUAUUAUUCCUAUAUAAUUUAUUGUACAAGUGGGAGAGGCAUCAAUAUUAAUCGAGUGGCGGGUUUAGUCCAGAUGUACAAUUUCCUGUUUAUCCGAUCAUUGUAUUUAUUUGCCGAGGUAGUUCGUUGACUUCUGAAAAUAUGCCUUACAACCCUCCUGGGCCCAGUUGUUCAAAAGAUGAUUAAAGCUAAUCAAAUUUGAACAACAUUUUUCAAAUCCUGAUAUAAUACUUUCUGGUAGGACUAGCUUGUCAAAACUUUAUGAAAUUCUGUAAUUCUUAAUUCUCUUCCAAUUGGCAUAAUUUAAAGAUGAUAUACUCACAGGUUUUGCAACAAAUGAGAAAUGAAACUUUCACUAAUCAAGUGAUUAAGCUAAUCACCUUUUGAACAACUGGGCCCUGGAGGAUUAAUUCUGGGAAAACCCUUGUCAUCCAUUCAUGCUUGUUAUAUACUACACCAGUUAAUGGUGAAUUUACUGUGAUAUUUUUUGUGUUAUGUAUUUUACAUAGUUUUUUUUUCUUGACCCAACAAUGUCACCAAGGGGAAGUAACUCUGAUGUUUGACGUUUUAAGACAUCAUUGAAGUAUUAAAUCCCAUAUAUGUACAUGUUUUGUGUGUUACUGCUGAACAAGGA